CAUUUCGCAAACGACUCGAUCCACCCCUUGAUCAACCAUCAAUAUGUGCGGCACGGACUGCUUUUUGAUGCUCUUGUCCGUCCUCUUCCCACCCAUUGGAGUAUGGGUCAAGAGCGGCGUCUGCAGCGCUGAUUCCCUUAUCAACAUCGCCCUUUGCGUCCUCGGUUUCCUCCCUGGCCUCCUUCAUGCCUGGUACAUCAUCCUGAAAAACCCAGAGCAAUACCCUUACGAAGGCGUACAAGACCGUGAACGCGGUGCUGAUGGAUCCGUCACGUACUACUAUGUGAGCACGGCACAGCCACAACAUCCUGCCUCGGGCGCAGGAGCGCAGGCGCAACGCCAGGGACACGGGCAGACGUCUUAUGGUACGCUCAGCGGCAACCAGCCUUCCAGUGGACAGUUUCCCGGGCAGCAGUCAGGCGUUAUUCCAGGCCCCAAGACGGUGUAUGCUCAGCACGCGGAUGCAGGAGGUAACGCAGCGGGCUCGAGUUCGAAUGCAGAGGGUGCGAGCGAACCGCCGCCUACCUAUGCCGAUGUCAUAAAGGGUGAUAACAAGGUGCAGCAUCCAUAGAUGUUUUUGGCACGACUUACAAAGUAGUAUGGGCGACUUUUCAAGCCCGCUUUGGCUCCACGAAUUGCAUGUAUAA